AUGGUAGAGGUGCAGCAACAGUUCUUGCAGCAACAGUUGCAGCAGCAGCAAGCUAUGUAUCAACAACAGCAGCAACAACAGUUCCAAGGCACUACAGCUCAGCCGGAGCACCGAGUCAGUCUGUUGGAUUUUCAGAGGUAUGCACCCCCAGCAUUUAAAGGUACAGCUGACCCGAUGGAGGCUGUGAGCUGGCUGAAACAGAUGGAGAAAGUCUUUCAAGCUCUGAGGUGCCCUGAUGAGGAGAAAGUUCUUUUUGCCACAUUUAUGUUACAGGGUGAGGCAGCUGACUGGUGGGAGAUGGAGAAAGGGAAGCUUGGUCCGGAUGAUGCCCCCUUCAUUUGGGAAGAAUUUAAAAAGGUUUUUCAUGAGAAGUAUUUUCCCCAGGGUAUCCGAUUCCAAAAAUAUAGGGAGUUUGACCGACUGGAGCAGGGUGAUAUGACAGUUGCUCAGUAUGCAGCAAAGUUUGAAGAGAUGUCCCGAUAUGCUCCGACUUUGAUAUCAGAGGAAAGUGAUCGAGCAAGGAAAUUUGAAAAUGGGCUCAGGGGAAGGAUUCAACAACAAGUCGCUGCUUUUGAACUAUCUAGUUACAAAGAUGUGGUCAAC